CUACAGUCUCCCUUUAUUUUUCGUUUUAUUUUGAUCGGAGACUCCACAUUUUUCCAGCUCAAAACUCAAAGUCUAGAGGACCAUAAGUCGGAGCCGUUGCACAAUGGAUGCGCACUCAAAAGCCGUUGCCAUCAUAGAUAUGGAACUGGAUUUUGGUGUGGAUGAGCCCGGGGACGAAGGCGUCGUAUCGAAGAAGGUGGGUCAGGAUGAGGAUUUGCGGGCGAAGAUGCGGCGUCUGCAGGCGGAUCAUGUGUGGAUCCGGCAGCAACUGGUGCACCUGCAGCGCCGCCUGGUGACUCAGCAGCUGGUCAGACAAAGACGACUCUACGAGGCAAGGGAGCAGCUGCAGCGACUGCUGCGAAAUCUGCAGGUGAAGCACGGACGCAGUUGGGGUCUGUAGGGAAAAUUUAGAGUGUGGAGUUCGGGCCACAGCAUUCAAGGUGACGAACGGUUCAAAAUUCACCAAAUGUGUCGGGUGAUGACUGAACUGCCUUCACAAUUUGAGCAUGUUGAGGAAAUUUAAAUAUACAAAGCUGAUGAAUUGAA